AUGAUAGUGGUAUCAGAGCAGGAUGUUUUAAAUAAUUUAAUUCAUAAAGCUUCUGAAAAGCUACAAAUUAAUGGUAAAAAGUUGGUACUUGAAAAAGACGGCACUGAAAUAGACGAUAAUGAAGUACUUUUGUUAAUAAAAGAGGAAACUUUGAUUAUUCUGGAGGAUAAUGAAAAAUGGAUGUCACUCGGAAUAAGCACACCAUCUUCAACAUCUACAGAAACAAUUGUUUCUGAUCCUUCAUAUUCUGAAAUUAUUCCUAUAGGAAUAAAUUCCGAACUGACAUAUAUAAAUAAUGAAAACCUUGAUAUUAUAAAUAUGGAAAUUAUAAAUUUAGAUUCAGUUUCAAAUUCUGAAUAUAUGUGGAAUAAUUAUCAAGUACCAUGGGAGAAAAUACCAGAGCACAUGGUUAAAAUGUGUGAACGAGGUGAAAAAGUCAAAUAUGUAAUUUCGGAAAUCGUACAUAUUGUAAUUGAGGAUUUAAGACAAAUAAAAGAAUUAAUACCCUCAAAAGUUUUAAAAAGAGUGGCAAACAGUAUGUGCGAGAAGUAUCCGAAAAUGUUUAAGGAUGUUGACAAUGAUGGAAUAGUUUUGGCAGACGGAUCUUGUUCACUAUAUUGUAAGCUACAUGAAAGGGCAUCAUAUUUAAGAAGACCACAUAAAAGACGAAAUAAGGAAAUUCAAGCAGUCCCUCCUAAAUUAAUUAAAAAAAAAAUUAAUGUUAUGUCUGGAUGUUCUCAUUGGGAAUCAACUACACCUCUAAUAGAUGAAGAUAUAAAAAAAGUUAAUUUAUGUAGCCCUCACCAAGAAGAUUUUUACAUUUUGUUGGAAAAAACAUACGGACAGCAAAGGACAUUUUUAAAUAAUAUUAAAGAACCACCAACAGUGACUCAAUCAAAAAAUGAGUGGCCUGUGUUGUUUAAAAAAGAAGCAAUUGAAUGGCACUUCCAAAAGCUAACAGGUAAAGAUUUAAACACCCUACCCACAAAAAUUCAAGAAAAGACCGUUUCAAUUUUAAAAUUAAGAAAUAAAGGUAAUCAGUAUGAAGAUGGAAAUUGGGAAGACUCAUUUCAUUUUCUAGCAAAAUAUUUCAAGGAAGAUAUUACAUUUUUUUACAAUAAAGUUAAGGAGAGUGAGGAAGGCAACGAAGGGAAUUUAAUUAAGACACUAGGCCCAUGUGUUUUAGAAAUAGAAAACAAAAAUAGGAUUCUUGUUUUUAUGGAAAAACAACAAAUUUUAGAAGUAUCAUCAAGCCUGGAAGGAAUUAAAUUGGCAUUCGGACUUUAUUAUGUAUUUAAUUUGGAGUAUCCCAAAGAAACAUCUACAUUACUGGAGUUUAUUCAGAGAUAUUUUCUAAAAAUUCACCCCGAUUCAGGGACCAGAUCAAAGAAAUUAAGGGCUUCUAAAACCAAAGUUAUAUCUCUUAUAAAUAAACUUGAUUAA